CCUAUGUAGGUGAGUAAUGCGUUUGUAUAUGGAUGUUAUGGUUUUGGGAAUCCGUACUGAAUUGAACUGCGGUGCUUGUUGUUAUAUUUCUAGCCACCAAAUUAUCUAAAUAUGAUACUUAUACGAGCUCGAGGUGGUGAUACAAAAUGAAUCAUUUCGGUUCAAUGAUGAAAUCCAAGGGGAAGAAAGAUGGAAAAACUGCUGCAGGUGGAUCCGGAGCUCCAAACGGCACUAAGGAUGGUGGUGGUGGUGGAGACGGAAAGGCGGUAUCCCCAUCCCCCUAUCGGCGAAAACCUCGAAAAAAUGGCUGGAGCUGCCCCCUUCAUGUCCUCCAAGUUGUGGCCUGGUUCUUUCUCCUUCUCUUCAAUGUCUUCUACUUUGGUAUGAUGGUUCCAGUUCUUCCCUAUGAGUGGCAACCAGCUGGGUAUAUUAUUGUAGGCAUUUUUGUGCUGUGUCAUGUGAUCAGUCAUGUGACUUGUCUUACAAUCAACCCUGCUGACCCCAACACUUUCAAGAGGAGUACGGAAAGAGAGAUGCCCGUUUUCAACCGUCAGCUGCAUGCACAUGUUAUAGAGAACAACCACUGUUAUCUUUGUGAAGUUAAUGUACAUAAAUCAUCAAAGCAUUGCAGUGCAUGUAAUAAAUGUGUCAUUGGAUUUGACCACCAUUGUAAGUGGCUGAAUAGUUGCAUCGGUUCCAGGAAUUAUAGGUUAUUUAUAGGAUGUUUAGUGACAGCAUUCGUAUGUUGUCUUUUGGUCUGUAUAGUAGCUUUGUAUAUUACAAUUGUGUAUCAAGUCAACCCAUUGCUGCUGCACCCAAAUGAAUUAAAAGCUUACAGGAAUGGGGAACCACUUUCAUGCCAAACCACACCUACAACUCCUGCUGCAACAACUGCAACCAAUGAAUCGGUCACCUCUCAAGCAACUCCUGUGUGCGACUUCCACCAGAAUCUGAAGAUCUUUGGACCAGUGUCUGGACAAGCUUUCUUUGCUGUCAUGAUUGUUCUUGUGGUCCUUCUCCUCAUCAGCCUGCUACUUCUAGGUCAUCUUCUAGGCUUCCAUCUCUAUUUAAUGUCUCAAGGCCUAGGUACUUACGACUAUAUCAUGAAGCAGCGUGCUGAAGAAGAGGAGGAAUCAUCAAGAUCUGAGUCUCUACCAAGGGAGAACAAAGGGUGCUGCUCAAGAAAAAGGAGUGGUAGAGUUGCACCAACUCAAGGAAGCAAUGAAGACAUAGAAAUGAGAAACACAAGAAGACACAAUGCAGAAGAAUCUAGGGAGAAUCAUCAAGGACCACUAAGAAAUCAAAGAAAUGCAAUUGUAGAAAUCUCCAGAGAAACCACUGUCAUGGUUCAUCGGGAGGGCAAAGAACCCAAGAGUGCAAGAUCUACCUCAAGUAAAACCAAGAAAAAGAAGCGGAAGAAGCCGACGCCCAGAGCCCUGCCACCCCCGCCCCCUACCCAGCCCCAGCGCCACCUACCCACUUUCAACCCAUACCAGACCUCAGGGGACCCCGCCCAACCAUCCCCCCUCCCCUCCCCCCUGCCGUACACAGAAGAGACCUGGAUGUACCCCCAUGGGGUGCUUGGGAGCAAGAUGGGGGCAGGGAUGAUUCAGCCAGAGACGUACAUAGAGCAGCACAUCGUGCGGCGGUUCAGUAUACCAAUGGUCCAGGGUGGAGGCGGAGCUACACCUAUGCCCUUUCCACUGCAUACCUCAAACAGUGUGAAUGAACUAAUGCCCAUCAGUGCUAGGAGUGUAGUCCCACCCGUCCCCAUCAGCAGUAGGGCAGUUCUCCCACCUCUCACCAGGCAGAUCAGCUUGGAUCCACCAACUGCUGCCGUAGACUACCACUCCUCAUCUGCUGAAUCCCUCCAUGAACUAGCAACAUCAGAGAAUACAACCUCCCUCAAGAAGCUGCAGGAAGCCAAUGACCUUUCUGCAUCGUUCCCACCCGCCCAACGUAGCCCCUCGAGAAUCCAGAGCGAACCGACGAGCAUCGCUCCUGACCCCUCCUCGCCUGUAGAGAAGAAAAAGAAAUCAAAACUUAAAUUGAAACUGAAGAAGAAGAAAUCUCCAGCAGACUCAAAAAAGGAGGAGAGCAAUAGCAGACGGAAGGCGCAACAGGGUGGGGAUGUCACUGACUCAAAGGCAUCCCGGAGCCCCCAGAGUGAAGGAUAUCAUGAGCUAGCCACAGCCGAUGAAAGACAGCCUGAGUCGUCUGCACCGACUGUUCCCUUACUAGACCUCAGUGGGUUACGGGGGGAAGAUGAGGACGACGACAAUGAGGGGGACAACAGUAAGACGAGUGAAGAGAACAAAGAUUCCCAAGAAGCAAGUAAGACGGUACCCCCUCCUAAUGAUUCUGUCACCAACCUGGAUGAUGAUGACAGCUUAUUAAGGGCAGCAAACAGAAGGAGAUCCCUUAUGCUCAUGAGAUGAGGUCUCAUGAUCAAUGCUAUAUAAACCUGUAGGCUCCUGGAACCAUUAAGAUUAGAGUCUAUCUCUGUUCUGUAAACUUUGGAGAAAUAAUGUAUCAGAAAAGGGGGUUUUGAAUUAUCAUUUCCAGGCUUAUUUGAUGUCUUCUCAAUCAAAUAAUCUCAAUGGAAUUUACAUUGUGCCAUAAAAUCUGUGUCAUAUACAUGCUGCAUGUAAUUAUGAUAUUUGAUAUCAAAUGACAAUCACUGCUCCCCCCCCCCUCUCCCUCUCAAUUUCUUAAGAGACAUUGUAAAACCAUCAGUCCCUCGUUGGCUUACAUGUACUUUUCAGGGGCAUUCAAUUAAAACCAAUCAAACCUCAUAACUGACAGUUAAAUUGUGAAAUACUUUCAAUGCUAGACUUUUGUUUGAAAAACAAAGAGUUGGUAGUUUUAACCCCCAUAGUUUAGUGAUUAAAACCUUAUAUUACAUUAAAAGAUUCAUAAAAUCCUAUUUUUUACAAACUCACUUUUCUGCUUCUUUGAAUUUUCUUUUCCUUCUAACAUAAUCUUCAGGAUUAAUUGCUGAAUAUAAUUAAAGUUGUUUUGUCUUUCAUUGACCUUCGUGCGAAAGAAAAAGAAUAAUAUGUUACUGAAGCGUUGAUGUCACCAAAACCUUUUCUUUUUUGCAUUUCUGUGCUUGUGGUUUUGGCGCAGCAUGAUGAAAAACAUCCACAACCGAAAUAUGAUAGGAAUCGGUCGAUUGGGCCCUAAGAUGUGGUCGUAGAAAUUAGUGUAGAUUUGCCUGGUUUUGAAGCAUUGUGAACUAGGCCAAUUAAUAUUGAUUUUAAUGGGCUUUUUAGGCAUUCAUUCCGCCAUAACUUGGGCCACCAUAAACCACUUCAUGUUUAGUCCCCCAUGGUUUAGUGAUUAAACUUUUUGUGUCAAAUUUGUUGUUUGGAUGUGUUUCAUCAUGUGCUCUUCUGAAAUGUGCUUAUGAAAGUGAUGUCACACCUUAGUAGUUUCAAUACAAGGGCAUUCAAAGCCAGGAAAACUCAAAUCUGUGUGUACAUGUACAUAGUGUAAAUUGAUUCCAUGAUCUCUAUUUAUUAAAUAUGUAUGUACAUGUAUGUUCUCACUUGUGUCAAUGAGCAACCAGUGACACCUUCUGCCAAAGAAUUAUCUGUGCAAUGUUCUUGUAAUUAAGCCUUGAAAGUAUACAUUUUUAUACUGUAAAUUCUCUGUAUUGUAAUUAUAAUUUAAGAAUCAUCUAUGUUUUGUUUUGUUAUAAUUAUUUUACAUAUAUGUGCUGUGAUUUCAUGAUUGCAGUCUGAAGAGGGUAGAAAAAUAGAGAGGAAAAAUUUUUAUUUUUCUUGUUUAUUGACAUA